CUACAGUCUGCAGGUUAUGUAAAUAUCCAACAACAACAACACGUGACACGUGACGUGCCCUGGACCGUCUUCUCGACAAGCCUGCUACUGAUAUCAUCCAAAAGACGUCAGGGCCAUCUGCAACAUGGAUGAAACAGUCGAUUCUUCCAUCCCCCAAGUGGAGACGUUGAACGACGAAACCGAAGACUACCUUGAGCCAGAACAAGAGCAGACCAACGAGAUCGAGUCUGACCCAGAAAUCGCGGAAACAGAGGCGGCAACAGCAACAGCUGCUGAUGCCGCCGAGCCUGCACCUAAAAAACCCAAAAGCAAGCCACCAACCGAACGCUUGCCCGGACAGUCUCUCUUGCCUUUAAGUCGUGUGUCAAAAAUUAUGAAAGCUGACAAGGAACUUGGAACGGCAGCAAAGGAGGCAAUAUUCCUUGUUGCUAUCGCGACUGAGGAGUUCAUCAAGCGUCUUGGUAUCGAGGGUCACAACCAAGCAAUACGAGAAGGGAGAUCUAUUGUAAUGCUCAAAGAUCUCGUUCGCAGGACAGAUGAGCUGCUUUUCCUUCAAGAUAUCAUCCCUCAUACCAUCACAGCCUCCGCUGCCCUCACCAGGCGCUCAAAACCAGAAGUUACAGACCCAUCCUUAGCACCAGCAGCUGGUUCAGGCUCCGCGUCGCUGCAGAAAGGUCUUGAAAAAAUGCGCGUCAAUAGCAACGAGGGGAUACAAACGCCUGCUUCUGGAAGCUCGAGGAGGAAGUUUGCGCCGUCUGCAAAUACUUUAGCGACCAUGAUGCAGAACGCUCGGAAGGGGAAGGGGAAAGAACUUGCAGUCGAACAUCCAGUCGAGAACGGAGGCGUCUAUACUGGAUCUGCUUAUCAGCUCCGUCCCGUGGCAAAUCCCUCCUAUUACACGAACCCAGCCGCAGCUCCCCUCCCUCCACCAGCUCAGCUACCUCCAAAUGCCCGUCCACCACCCCCAGUGACGAGGUCUGUUUCGCGGACUGAGCAAGCCUCUGAAGCCAUGGAUACUUCUUAGUAGCAUUCCCCUUCCUGAACAAGGGCGUUUACAUCUGGUGGUAAUACUUAUAGGAUCCCAAGGUAUCAGAGCAAACAUUUUCACAAGCGCGAUUUAAUCAUUUUCGCCACUUCAAUCGCAUCGUCAUCAUCCAGUUGAUGUCGCCCUGGGAAUACUUCAACCUUGUUGUUGCCAACCCGAGC